CCCUCUUCUCCUCGGAAAAGUCUCCUUCCUACCUUCGUCUGCUUCUUCUCCUCUCUCUCUCUCUCUCUCUCUCUCUCUCUCUCUGCAUUUCCCAUUUCGUUCUUUCUUUUCUUUCUUUCAGACUUGUUGGCCAUUUCCCUCUCUCUCUCUCUCUCUCUGCUCUGGUCUGAAUCUUUGCUGAGUUCUACGUCCCCCGGCUCGGUACCCCUUCUCCAAUGGCGCCGGGCUUCCGAGACCUCCAGCUCACCCGAGUCUCCGGCGGGGAUGGGAAGAUCGUCGCCGGCGGCGAUGCCGGCGACCUCGAGGACGUUCGCCUCCUCGACUCCUACGAGGACAACAAUUCGGAUAGGUUGGAAGAGAAGGGGAUGAAGCGGAUUCAGGUUCGAGUUACCGGGAUGACCUGCGCCGCCUGCUCCAAUUCCGUCGAAGGCGCUCUCAGGAGCUUGGGUGGGGUUGUCAGGGCCUCCGUCGCCUUGCUGCAGAACAAGGCCGAUGUCGUCUUUGAUCCUGAUCGGGUCAAGGACGAGGACAUUAAAGUCGCUAUUGAAGACGCUGGAUUUGAGGCUGAGAUUCUUACCGAACCGAAUAGUUCCAAGGCGAAGAAUAAUGGAACCCUUGUGGGGCAAUUUACCAUUGGAGGAAUGACCUGCGCAGCAUGCGUGAACUCGGUAGAAGGUAUUUUAAGGAGUCUUCCCGGUGUGAAGAGGGCAGUAGUUGCAUUAGCGACCUCGUUAGGUGAAGUGGAGUAUGAUCCCUCCCUAAUUAGUAAGGAUGAUAUUGUUAAUGCUAUUGAAGAUGCUGGAUUCGAAGCUUCCUUUGUACAAAGCAGCGGGCAGGACAAAAUUAUACUCGGCGUUGCUGGGGUGUUUACCGAGAUAGAUGUGCAUAUUCUAGAAGGCUUAGUUAGCAAACUUAAGGGGGUCAGACAAUUUCGUUUUGAUCGGACCUCGAGGGAACUAGAAAUUCUCUUUGAUCCUGAAGUUGUAAAGUCAAGGUCCUUGGUCGAUGGAAUCGAAGGAGGGAGUGAUGGAAAAUUUAAAUUAACUGUUGCAAACCCCUACACAAGGAUGACUUCUAAAGAUGUUGCCGAGGCGGCAAACAUGUUUCGACUUUUCACCUCCAGUCUAUUCCUAAGUAUUCCUGUCUUUCUCAUUCGCGUUUGCCCUCGGAUACCUUUAGUUUAUUCCCUGCUGCUUUGGCGAUGUGGUCCCUUUCUGAUGGGUGAUUGGUUAAAGUGGGCCCUGGUGAGUGUCGUUCAGUUUGUGAUUGGCAAGCGCUUCUACGUUGCUGCUGGAAGAGCUCUUCGAAACGGUUCAACCAAUAUGGAUGUUUUGGUUGCAUUGGGAACUUCUGCAUCUUACUUCUAUUCUGUCUGUGCACUUCUAUAUGGUGCGUUCACUGGGUUUUGGUCCCCCACAUACUUUGAAACGAGUUCCAUGCUGAUAACAUUCGUAUUGUUGGGGAAGUACUUGGAAUCUCUGGCGAAAGGAAAAACAUCGGAUGCCAUCAAAAAGCUUGUAGAGCUUGCACCUGCAACGGCAUUGUUGCUCAUCAAGGACAAAGGUGGAAAGUGUAUCGAAGAGAGGGAAAUAGAUGCUUUGCUAAUCCAGCCUGGUGACACAUUGAAAGUGCUUCCUGGAACAAAGGUGCCUGCUGAUGGAGUGGUUGUAUGGGGAUCGAGUUAUAUAAAUGAGAGUAUGGUUACUGGUGAAUCUGUCCCUGUACUCAAGGAGGUUAAUUCAUCAGUCAUUGGAGGUACAAUUAAUCAGCAUGGCGUUUUGCAUAUAAAUGCUACCAGGGUGGGAUCUGAUGCAGUCCUAAGCCAGAUAAUUAGUUUGGUUGAAACAGCCCAAAUGUCUAAAGCGCCUAUACAGAAGCUUGCCGAUUUCAUUGCUAGUAUUUUCGUUCCCACUGUUGUUGCUCUGGCAUUGUUGACGUUACUCUGCUGGUAUAUAGCUGGAGCUUUGGGAGCUUACCCUGCAGAUUGGCUACCGAAAGAUGGCAACUACUUCGUCUUUUCCCUCAUGUUCUCAAUAUCAGUGGUUGUCAUUUCUUGUCCCUGUGCACUGGGAUUGGCAACGCCUACAGCUGUCAUGGUGGCAACUGGAGUAGGUGCCAACAAUGGCGUGUUGAUAAAAGGGGGGGAUGCUUUGGAGAGAGCUCAGAAGGUUAAGUACGUGAUAUUCGAUAAAACAGGCACACUGACCCAGGGAAAAGCCACUGUUACAGAUGCAAAAGCUUUCAAUGGAAUGGAUCGUGGAGGAUUUCUAAAAUUGGUUGCUUCUGCAGAGGCUAGCAGCGAACACCCACUGGCAAAAGCAAUCCUGGAGUACGCACGACAUUUCCAUUUCUUUGAUGAGUCUUCCAUGAAUGAGGAUUCCAUAAACCAAAGGGAGCCAAAUUCUUGGUGGCUCCUUGAGGCCUUGGAUUUUUGUGCUCUUCCUGGAAGAGGCAUCCAGUGCUCCAUUGAUGGGAAGCAAGUGUUGGUAGGUAAUCGGAAGCUUCUGACUGAGAGUGGGAUUGAAAUACCAUCUCAUGCAGAGAGUUACGUUGUAGAACUCGAGGAGGGCGCUAAAACAGGCAUACUAGUUGCAUGUGGCAGUGAACUGAUUGGCGUCUUGGGAGUUGCUGACCCCCUCAAAAGGGAGGCAGCUGUUGUGAUUGAGGGCCUUGUCAAGAUGGGCGUGAAGCCAGUUAUGGUUACAGGGGAUAACUGGAGGACAGCUCAGGCUGUUGCCAAAGAGUUGGGGAUUCAAGAUGUGAGGGCAGAGGUAAUGCCAGCAGGAAAAGCCGAGGCCAUCAAAUCGUUCCAAAAGGACGGGAGCAUAGUCGCAAUGGUGGGCGACGGGAUCAACGACUCUCCUGCCCUGGCAGCAGCAGAUGUGGGGAUGGCAAUUGGUGCGGGCACGGAUAUCGCCAUAGAAGCAGCGGACUACGUGCUGAUGAGGAACAACUUGGAAGAUGUGAUCACGGCCAUUGAUCUCUCAAGGAAGACCUUCGCAAGGAUACGGUGGAAUUACGUAUUUGCCAUGGCGUACAACGUGGUUGCGAUUCCCGUGGCAGCGGGUGUGUUCUUUCCGUGGUUGAGGUUGAUGCUGCCGCCGUGGGUGGCAGGGGCGUGCAUGGCCUCUUCAUCGGUGAGCGUGGUGUGCUCAUCUUUGCUGCUGAGGAGAUACAAGAAGCCAAGGCUCACCACUAUACUGGAGAUCACAAUAGAGUAGGAGAAGACACAGAGAGAGUGACGAGGAAGAAAGAAUCCUCUCGUUUUCUUUCUUUUCAUUUAAUUUCUUUUCCCUUUUUUUUUUUUUGUUCUUUUUCCUCUCUCUUUAGGCUUCAGUUUAUAAUAGAAGAAAUGGGAUACAAAGAAGGUGUAUGAAUGGGAAAUGUGUAUCCCAAUUUUGUUUUUUAUUUUCCUUUUUCUUGUAUCUUCUUCUUCUUCUUGUUGAAAAUGUAAUGUCCGGGGAUGUGAUUUUCUUCCCCCCUUGCUAAUGUAAAUGUCGCUUCAACAGAGUUGGGAAGCGCUCUUGUUCUCUAAAUUCUCAAAUAAAAUGGUUAAGCAUGAGCUAUAUAUUGGAGUUCUC